AAUCAAAAACAUGAGAAUAUAAAAUAAUAUUGUUAUACUUGCACACAAUUAAUAGAGGGCAUCAAACUUAUACAAUUUUAAAGCACAUUUUUACAGUUACUUGAAUCAUCUAAGCACAGCACUGAAAUAUUUCCAUAAUCUGAUAAAACCUGACACAUUCCUGCCUCACCCAUCACCAACCUGGACUUCUGGUCAGAAAACCUCAACAGGACGAAUUGUUGCCUGGAUAAAGACAUUUUGUUCCUCUGUCAGAUCAUCAGUGAAGGUUUAUAAACCCUCCAUUCCCUGGUUGAAGGCACACUGCUGCUAGUGAAUCUGGUUUCUGCUGCUGCUUUGAUUCUUCAUCACAACAAGAUGAAAUUUGUUCUUUUUACUUUGUUCCUUUGUGGAUUCAUCCUGGAAAUCAAUGGAAAAAGUUCAUCAGGAGCAUGCCUCCCAGAGGAAAAAUCCCUUGUUGCCUGUGAAGGAACAGUGGCUCGACUCCACUGUGAAGAAGGUCAGGCUAUCUAUGUGACCAGUGCUACAUACGGACGCACUGAUAAGAAGGCUUGCAGUGCUCGUAGACCGGCGGACCAGCUAGAGAACACUGAAUGCUUCACAGACGCAGAGGAAGUUGGUGAGAGAUGCAACGGGAAACAGUGGUGUAAAGUCAAAGCCAGUAACUAUGUGUUCGGAGAUCCCUGCUAUGGAACCUACAAGUACCUGGAGGUGGAAUAUAUUUGUUACGAUUCCCUGGUUGAAGGCACACUGCUGCUAGUGAGUCCUGCUGCUGCUGCUGCUGCUUGGAUUCUUCAUCACAACAAGAUGAAAUUCGUCCUUUUUACUUUGUUCCUUUGUGGAUUCGUCCUGGAAAUCAAUGCUGGACGUGGUUUUCAAAAACCGAAAAUUCUUCGUGUGGCAUGUGAGGAAUCAGUGGCUGAAAUAUUCUGUGUAAAUGGGUCUAUAUCUGUGAUCAGUGCAACAUAUGGGCGCAGCGACCAGACAACGUGCUCCGAUGGGAUUCCUGAUGAACAGACAGACAAAACUGAUUGUGCUACGAGGGCAGAUUUAGUGUUUCAGAUAUGCGAGGAGAAAUCAGCGUGCGCUGUCUUAGUCAGCAGCUCUGUGUUCGGAGAUCCCUGUGUUGGGACCUACAAGUACCUGGAGGUGCUAUAUCGUUGUGAAAUUCCAUCUGCAACUGAAUGAAGCGACGAUCAGAUCUGCUGUGCUGAGGAUGAAAUGCAUCAUAAUCAGUAACAUCUACAGACGUUGUGAUCCACUGAUGUGCAGCUUCAUCUGUCUUCAGUUUCUUUUUAUGUUUACUUAGCAUUUUAUUUGUUUUUCUUCUCCAAUCUUCAUCUUUUUUUGCUUCUAUUUCAACUUUCCUCAAUAAACCUGACUUGCAUUUACA